UCUGCUUCAGAUAACAUCUCAGAUUAACCUUUGACCCUUGACACAUAACGGUAACAAUAUACACAAGCGCACGUCUGCUGCAGGUAGUAGUUGUCAUAUGUACGGUGGAGAUGUUACGUUGAUACCUGUGACAUUUUGGUCGGAUAAAUAUGAAGAAUUCUGAGGAAGUACACCAACACACUGAGGCGGUAUACAGGGGUCUAACGGAGAACUUUAACCCAGGGAUAAAACAGGUCCUGUUAUGUGGGAAAGCCUACCACAAAGCCCUCCAAGGUCUAACUGCAUCAGCCAGAGCAUAUUCCGAGUCACUGCUCAAGGUCGGCGGAAUCGCAAGGUCAACCUGUAGAGGAGGCACAGAGGAUGUAGGGGAAGCAAUAUUCCAGAUAGCAGAGGCUCAGAGAGACAUUCAAGCAAGAAUAGAAGAAAGU